GCCCGCCUCCUCCCGCAGACUCCCGAGCGGCGCCCUCCUCCCGCCGGUGCCAGAGCCGGGCCAUGGGGGGCAGCAUGCCCGCGCGCGCCGCCUGAAGACGCCGUAACUCCCGCCCCCGCGAUGGGCGCCCCUGCUUGCGCCCUCGCGCUCUGCGUGGCUGUGGCGGUCGUGACCGGCGCCACUUCGGGACCCCCGGGCACGGAGCAGCGCGUCGUGCGGAGAGCGGCAGAGGUCUCAGGACCUGAAUCUGGCCAGCAGAAGCAGCUGGUCUUUGGCAGUGGGGACACUGUGGAGCUGAGCUGCCACUUGCCUGCGGGUGGUCCCACGGGACCCACUGUCUGGGUCAAGGACGGUGCAGGGCUGGUGCCCUCAGACCGCAUCCUGGUGGGGCCUCAGCGGCUGCAGGUGCUGAAUGCCUCCCACGAGGACGCUGGGGCCUACAGCUGCCAGCAGCGCCUCACCCAGCGUGUCCUGUGCCACUUCAGCGUGCGUGUGACAGAUGCUCCAUCCUCGGGAGAUGACGAAGAUGGAGAGGACGAGGCUGAAGACACAGCAGGGGCCCCUUACUGGACGCGGCCCGAGCGGAUGGACAAGAAGCUGCUGGCUGUGCCAGCUGCCAACACUGUUCGCUUCCGCUGCCCGGCUGCUGGAAACCCCACUCCGUCCAUCUCCUGGCUGAAGAAUGGCAAGGAGUUCCGAGGCGAGCAUCGCAUCGGGGGCAUCAAGCUGCGGCACCAGCAGUGGAGCCUGGUCAUGGAGAGUGUGGUGCCCUCGGACCGGGGCAACUACACGUGUGUCGUGGAGAACAAGUUUGGCAGCAUCCAGCAGACGUACACUCUGGACGUGCUGGAGCGGUCUCCACACCGGCCCAUCCUGCAGGCGGGGCUGCCAGCCAACCAGACGGCGGUGCUGGGCAGUGACGUGGAGUUCCACUGCAAGGUAUACAGCGACGCGCAGCCCCACAUCCAGUGGCUGAAGCACGUGGAAGUGAACGGCAGCAAAGUGGGGCCCGAUGGCACGCCCUACGUCACCGUGCUCAAGUCCUGGAUCAGUGCGAGUGUGGAGGCCGACGCGCGCCUCCGCCUGGCCAAUGUGUCCGAGCGCGACGGGGGCGAGUACCUCUGUCGAGCCUCCAAUUUCAUAGGCGUGGCUGAGAAGGCCUUUUGGCUGCGUGUUCACGGGCCCCAAGCAGCUGAGGAGGAGCUGGUGGAGGCUGGUGAGGCCGGCAGCGUGUAUGCAGGUGUCCUCAGCUAUGGGGUGGGCUUCCUCCUCUUCAUCCUGGUGGUGGCCGCCGUGACACUCUGCCGCCUGCGCAGCCCCCCCAAGAAGGGCCUGGGCUCACCCACCGUGCACAAGGUCUCCCGCUUCCCGCUCAAGCGACAGGUAACAGUGUCCUUGGAGUCCAACUCGUCCAUGAACUCCAACACGCCGCUGGUGCGAAUUGCCCGGCUGUCCUCGGGGGAGGGCCCCGCGCUGGCCAACGUCUCCGAGCUUGAGCUGCCUGCCGACCCCAAGUGGGAGCUGUCCCGGGCCCGGCUGACCCUGGGCAAGCCUCUCGGGGAGGGCUGCUUCGGCCAGGUAGUCAUGGCGGAGGCCAUUGGCAUUGACAAGGAUCGGACCGCCAAGCCCGUCACUGUGGCUGUGAAGAUGCUCAAAGACGACGCCACAGACAAGGACCUGUCGGACCUGGUGUCCGAGAUGGAGAUGAUGAAGAUGAUCGGCAAGCACAAGAACAUCAUCAACCUACUGGGGGCCUGCACUCAGGGCGGGCCCCUGUAUGUGCUGGUGGAGUACGCGGCCAAGGGCAACCUGAGGGAAUACCUGCGGGCGAGGAGGCCCCCGGGCAUGGACUACUCCUUCGACACCUGCAAGCUGCCAGAGGAGCAGCUCACCUUCAAGGACCUGGUGUCCUGCGCCUACCAGGUGGCACGGGGCAUGGAGUACCUGGCCUCACAGAAGUGCAUCCACAGGGACCUGGCGGCCCGCAACGUGCUAGUGACCGAGGACAACGUGAUGAAGAUCGCGGACUUCGGCCUGGCCCGUGACGUGCACAACCUUGACUACUACAAAAAGACCACCAACGGCCGGCUGCCCGUGAAGUGGAUGGCACCCGAGGCCUUAUUUGACCGAGUUUACACCCACCAGAGCGACGUCUGGUCCUUUGGGGUCCUGCUCUGGGAGAUCUUCACGCUGGGGGGCUCGCCAUACCCUGGCAUCCCUGUGGAGGAGCUCUUCAAGCUGCUGAAGGAGGGCCACCGCAUGGACAAGCCAGCCAACUGCACACACGACCUGUACAUGAUCAUGCGGGAGUGCUGGCAUGCGGUGCCCUCCCAGAGGCCCACCUUCAAGCAGCUGGUGGAGGACCUGGACCGCAUCCUCACUGUGACGUCCACUGACGAGUACCUGGACUUGUCGGUGCCUUUCGAGCAGUACUCGCCAGGCGGCCAGGACAGCCCCAGCUCCAGCUCCUCGGGGGACGACUCUGUGUUUGCCCACGACCUGCUGCCCCCGGUCCCACCCAGCAGCGGGGGCCCGAGGACAUGAAGGGCCACUGGCC